AUGGAUCGCCAAUUGAUUAUGUCGAACCUACAGCAUCUACAGAUAUGGGAUCUGGCUCUCAAUCUUUUCCGUGAUGUGGUCAUCACCAAUGAUCACGUCAAAGGACGACUCAUCAAACAGUUGCUGGAAGAAAUCCGUCGGGAACGGUGUGGUGAAGCUAUUGAUCGACAGCUUCUGCGAACGGUAGUCCGCAUGCUUGUAGAUCUCAAGCUUUACCAGCCGGUGUUCCUGUCAGAAUUUCUCCAGCAAAGUCAACACUUUUAUAGUCAAGAAGCUGACACAUUGUGUCGUCAACUGAGUGUCCCAGAUUAUCUCAUUCAUGUGGAUAAACGCAUCGUUGAGGAGGAGGAUCGAUCAAUUGCCUAUCUGGAGCCGAGUUCCACCAGACAGCCGUUAAUUUUCACUCUCGUCUCUGAACUGUUGACUAGAACUUUGGAUCAUUUGUUAGACAACGGACUAGUAGCCUCUUUGAAGGCUAAAGAACUCAGUCAGCUUCGCCUGUUCUAUUCCCUACUUUCCCGUGUACCUAAUGGCAUAGACAAAUUACGUGCUCAUUUUCGUCUAUAUGUGAUUCAAGUUGGCCGUGAAAUAGUCGACAAUCCGACUCAAGAUCCUGAAAAAGACCGCGCCAUGAUCCAGAACCUUCUUGAUUAUCGAGACAAUUUGUCUGAACUGAUUAACGCCUGUUUUGAAAAUGAUGCUACAUUUGUUCGCGUCGUACAAGAAGGUUACGAGGAGUUUGUGAAUCAACGUCCGAACAAACCAGCUGAGUUUUUGGCCAAGUAUCUGGAUUCACAUUUACGGUCUGGGAAUAAGGCCCAAACGGAGGAGGAGCUGGACCGUCUGAUGGACAAGGCCAUGCUACUAUUUCGCUACAUCGAAGGCAAGGACAUUUUCGAAGCGUUCUACACGAAGGAACUUGCCAAACGACUUUUGUUAAACAAAAGUGCCUCAGUGGACGCCGAGAAAGCGAUGCUGUCGAAAUUAAAACAGGGUAUGUACGGUUUGUAUCUGUUUUCUCACGUUUUUGUGCGCGAACGACCUGACUAA